CAUCCAUCUCCAGUGAAUCUAGAGAAACUGCAAUGGCUCCUGAGAGAACUCCCUCCAUGUUCCAGUCACUGCUGCAGCUGCUGACUCUGGUGGCUAUACUAAAGGCAGGCAUAGCAAUGCCACGAAAUCCAGUGUGCCCAAGCACCGAGGACAAGAGCUUCCCUCAGAGUGUGAGGGUCAACCUCAACAUCGUUAACCAGCAUAUGAAUUCCAGAAGGCCCUUAGAUUAUUACAACCGAUCCACCUCACCUUGGAGUCUCCGACGCAACGAGGACCCUGAGAGAUAUCCCCCUGUGAUCUGGGAGGCAGAGUGCCGUGACUUGCACUGUAUCGAUGCUGACGGGAAGACCAACCACCACCUGAACUCCGUCCCCAUCCAGCAAGAGAUCCUGGUCUUGCGCAGGGACCCUCGGCGCUGCCCCCACUCCUUCAGGCUGGAGAAGCUGCUGGUCAAAGUGGGCUGCACCUGUGUCAUUCCCGUCGUCCACCACCUGGCUUAA